AUGGAAAAUUAUCAAAUCAGAACGCUACAGGAUCAACUAACAUCAAGUAAACUAAGAGAUCGAAAUGCAGGACUUCAAGAGCUUCAAUCUAUCCUGAAAGACAAUCCUGGAUUUAUUGCUAACGAACAAAUUAAUGGUUUAUUAAACACACUAUUGAGUUUAUUAGAAAAUGAGGCGGGCAAGUAUAUUGAUAGUAUAGAAGAUGAUACGGAUUCUAGACAACGGAAAGAAAAUAUAUCAAUUAGCAGAUUUUCAAAUAUCACAUAUACUUUAAGACUGUUCAUUGAAACUGUAAUCGAAAAGUUCAAGCUUAGCCAUUUAAAGCUAACAAUAUCGGCUGUUAAGGACCUAUUUUACAAUGACGCCAGAAUAAUUGUACCGGUAAUCAAUGAUGUAACAUACUGCAUUCUGGCAAUUGUAAAAUCUGAAAUAUUUGGAAACAAAAUUGGACCAUCUCAAUGGCUUGAUGUUGCUGAAUAUACACUUUGGCUGAUAAAGAUAACAUCCUCAAAUAGAUCAAAUAUAAGAGCACUCACUAACUCUUUAGAUACCUUCUAUGUCCUGUUAAUAAAAGGUUCAAUUUCACUUAGUAAAGUUGCGAAGGAAGCCUUGGUCAUAAUAACAAAUUUAAUCGUUUUUGAGAAAGGUGAAACUGCUACUACAAAUGUCUUACUAUCCAUUUCCUCAAAUUUGGUAGCUAGGUUGCAUUGCCAGCAUUAUUAUGAUACCACAUCUCUAAUAAUUGAAUGCUGGAAACUCUACACACGGAUUGGUAAAACAAACAAUUUCAAUUUGUUAAAUGACAUUUCAAAAAUAGAUAUCUUUGGUGGAGGACUAUUGCAAAACCAAAUUCCAAUUAUGCCUGGACAAGAAAUUAUGGGAAGCCGUAUCAGCCACAGUGUUGUAUUAUCUACAUUACAGGACUAUAUUCCAAUGAAAGUAAAAGAAAUGUUGGAUGUUGAUCAUUCAUUGACGAUUGGUAUUUAUGACGACCUAAACAAUUCUAAUAUGGAUUUGACGUAUAAUACUUUUGCAAAGACACACUGCAAAGAUCUAGCAUGGUUAAGACUGUUUGGACUUUAUGACACUCUAUGCCUUUAUUAUAGACUAUCUAAUCAAGAACGAGAGAAUAAUGCUACCCAAAUUCUUAAGAAGAUCAAAUAUGAAGGUAGUUUACAAUCUAAUCUGAACCAAUGCAACUCAUUAUUAGACUACUCUCAGAGUUUGUUAGAGUCGGGUGAUCCGUUAAUUCAGCUACUGGGAUGUAAGCUAUUCUUUUUGCUAAAUUUGGAUCACCCCAUAGCAUGUAAUACUGAACUUAUUGAUAGACUUUGUAUUAACACCAAUAAUAUUUCAUUGACUUCGUGGCAUCUCGCGUGUAUAUUUACUAAUAUCAGUUAUGAUUUGUGGAAUUUUGAUGAAACCCUAUACCUCAAGGUUCUAAAGUAUAUUACCCCACUAUUAUCAACUAGUGAAGUAAAUAUCAUGGCAUGUCUGAUAUUUAACAAAUUACUUCACUCCUUGACAAGAGAACCAAUUGAUGAGCUAUCAUCUCUGGUUAAUAGCAUAAUCGCGUCCCCUGAUUCCGUUUUACCUAUAGAAAUUUCAUCUGUUACCUGUGAAGCAUGGCAGCAUAUUUUUGUGUUUGCGAUAAACAAUCUCAAAGUAGACAACUCCUUAUUGCUUGAUUCAUUUAGUAAGUGGAUUAAUCACAAUAUAACACAAACUAUCCAUAUUGAGCAUUUAAAAUUGAUAUUCGAAUUUUUCCUUUGGUCACUUGAUGUUGUUGUUGGCAGCACAUCGCAUAAUAAGCAACACAACACCUAUAACCUAUUAAAUUUGAAAACAAGCGAUAGUGCCUUAGCAAUAUGGUAUUUUUAUGAAAACCAAAGAAAGUUUUUGACACAAACCAUACAAACAAGUUCACAAGCAUCGGUCAACACGAAGUCCAUGGUUUGUCCAAUAACCAGCACAAAUAUAAAGAUUCAGUGGUUGUUGAAUAUAAUCGAUAACUAUUUUACUACUUCUAAAAACCACAGUUUGAAGUAUACUUUUGCUAUUUCACUGAUUUACUUUAUUAAUUUUAUUGAAAAAAGUGGUAAGGUAUACACAUAUUUGAACCAAGAACUAAACCAAAGGUUGAACUCGAUACUUAUCGAAUUGGAUUUUCUGUCUUUUGACAAAUGGGAAGAGGGCAAACAAUUUAUUGAGAUAAUCUGCAAUCAAGAAACUUUCUUCAAUAGAUUGCACAAUGACGUAGUAUUCAAAGAUAAUAUUUUACUAUCAUUGAUUAACUUGUUUGAGAAAGAAUACAGUCAUUUUUUGAAUGCAGAUAACGGGUCCACUGCCAAGACUGGUAAUGACAUAUAUCUCAACCAGCGCAGUAUUUUGCGUUUUCGUACAGAUAUUAAAUUAAUGACACAGUUUUUCACUUGUGUGGACAGUAAUGUUCCGGGGAAAAUUGGCAUAUAUUUGGAUAGGUUAUUGUUAUAUUCGAUGGGUCCGAAUGAGUCUCUUGUUUUAGAUGAACUUUUAUCAUGGGUAACCAACCCGUCGAAUAAUCAAUAUUACGAAGUCCAUUCCCUUGAAAAAUUAUGUCAGUUUUUAGCCAAAUCACUGCUAAAUUCGAAAUAUCAGCUUUCUGAUUUCUCAAUGAUCAGGCUUGGGUUAUUUUUAACUUCCACUAUCGAGUUAUGGGUAAACGUGAAAUAUAAUAUAUUGAAUUCUGAUUGUAAUGACUUUCUUAUCUGGAUAACCAAUAACUUAGUGCAAAAUAAUUUUGGUGAAACAGGCACAUUUGUUGUGCUGAUAAGGUUGUUCAUUUCUGUCUUAAAACACAACUCUACAGUGAACAGCAGCUGCGCCAUUAAGACACAAGAUUUAUAUUCAAUGUUGAUAUUUUGCAUGAGAAACGUUGCUUAUUCGACUUUAGGUAAUAUUGUUGAUGAAUUAAAAGCUUACAUGUCAAAAAAAAGUCAUAAAAACCGGAAAACCAUAUUGGAUGAUUUAGUUGAAUUAUUUGAACCCAUGCCUGAAAGUGUAGAAAAGGCUGCAUCAUCGUGUUUUGUAUUAUUCGGCUUGCUGGACUGCAAUGACACAAAUUUUGUGUACACCUUGGAUAUAUUUUCAAACUACGGUAAUAUUCCUCACAUAUCAUUUUUUUUAAAAAAAGCAGUGAAGAAUUAUGUCAACAAUUAUUAUCAAGGAAACAAAAUUCAAUUGUUGAACGUACAUAUUUUAGAGGUCAUCCGACAAUGGACUAAGAGAAAUGAUACUGAUCGUCAGCUUUAUUUUAACUCUGUUAUUGGAAGUCUUUUUGGUUUUGGUUCGAUACAAGAAUUUGAAAGGCAAUAUAAUAGAGAAAUAUGCGCCCUAAUAUUUAGUCGCUCGGAUAGUGAAUCACUAGAAAGAAAUUUUUUUUCUGAUCGUAAUACUAGCAAAUGUGAGAUGUUAAGAAGAUCUCUAUACCUUCUAAUUCCUUUGUCAUAUUACGAUAAUGGUGUGGGAGAUAUGGUUUUCAAUAAGCUCAAAGACUCUUUCCGUGGCCAAUUGGAGAGCGUUCUAAGCUCUAAUUUCAUAAUCGUUAUGCGAUAUGCUCUAAAGUUAUGUGAUUGUAGUGAUUAUACAUCUGUUUUAAAUGAGAUGCAGCGGCCAAAUCAAUCGAGCUCACUCCUAGAGUUGUUUAUGGACAGCGAGAUGAAAAAUGCAAUAAAUAGAAUGAAUAUUUAUAUCACUGUUCAUUCUGUUAUAAAAAUUUUCAAAAAUUGUGGUAGGAGUAGACAAACACUAUUACUUGAUCUGAGAACUCUUAUAUUAUGGAUUAUCUCUGAUAUACAAAAAUCAGAAUCUAGUUGGGAACAGAAUAAUCAUUUGAGGCAGUUGCAGCUGUUGGUAUUUUUAUAUGAAGACACUUUUUUACAAUCAGUUCUACAUAUAGAAUUGAUGAACUGGCUAUCCUAUCUCCUUAAAAUAGAGAACAUUGAAGCCGAUGUAUUUUUACUAUUAAAUUGUUUGUUAUCAUUGAUUAAGCCUAACAGUUUAGAUAAACCUGAUUCACUUACUCUUUUUUUUUUAAAUGUUUUACACUUUUACGUGAGAAAUAAAGAAUGUUUAAAAAUUGGGGACGAGGAUAUGAAUAUGUUAUCUAAUAAUCUGUCUACGGUUAAUAGUAUUGCUUUGAAACUCCUUACCAAUGGGCAGGUUACUGAUCUUAUUUACAAUCAGGUUGGUGAUCUAACUUCACAAAUGUAUUUUGCUGAGGAGGUGGAACUGUUUGCCUUGUUGAUGACAUUUGCACCCCCUAUGCCAGACUAUGUUAGUCACAAGAUGAAUAAGAAAUUUAUUGAAUAUGUGUACAAAUCAAAUAAUUUGAUUGACAUAGACAAUUUUUCAUUAUGGUUUAGUGACUAUUCUACCCAAUAUUCCUCUUUAAUUUUAGAACUGGAAGAAAACUCUUCGUUUUGUGAAAAAGAUGGAUUUGGUAUAGAUGAUAUGGAAAUAGUUUAUGACUUUUCUGAUAGUGCGGUUAGCGCUAUGUAUUCGGUAUUAUUUCGAAGCCUUAUAUCUAUAAAGCCUACCAUAGGAUUCAAGAGUUUUGCUCUGAGUAAUAUUAUAUGCCAUCUUAUUUCAAUAAACAUCCUAAAAGAUAAGGAUUUACUGAGUAAAUUUUUGCGUGCAACCAAAAUGAAAAUUGCAUUCUCAGCGAAAGAAAUUGAUGAAACAAUAAUUGAGCAUUUUGGAAAAUCUAAUUGUGGUUGUGUUAUCUCCGAGCACUACCUUGAAAGUGAAUUUUUUGACACAAAUAUUCCUUAUAAAGACUGGUUGGUCAAACUCUGUAUGUUUUUCAUUUCACAAAUAUCUUUGAACUCAAAGGAAAUUCAAUGGUUUAUUCCUUUGUGUUAUGAGUCUAUGGAUUUUUGUAAACAAAACGUUUGUAUAUUUUUUCUGGCUGCGUUUUCAUUUGAUCAUCGGCGAAUGAGUUCAACUUGGAAACACAUAUUUUCACGUUUAAAUGACCUCACAAUGGCAAGCGACUGUCUAGCAAAGUUAACACUAUUGUUGUCAUUCAUUCGUCUUAUACGCUCAGGAGCUCUUCAAGGGCGCAAAGAAUAUUCAAACUUAUACCAGAAAAUUGAGUUCAAAGGUGUUAUAGAUGCAGCUUUAAAGAUAAAGGAUUCAAAAUUUGCAUUGCAACUUUUUGAGGAAGCAUACAUGUGCGAAAACGGUGAUUAUGAUGUUGCUCUUUUGACUAGUAUAUAUGAGCAAUUGGAUGAUGUUGACAUGUUAUAUGCGUUGCCAACACCAAUUUCACUAAAUGGUUUUAUUAAAAAUGCUAACAGACUAUCACCGCAUUCUUUAAAAGCACUGCAGUUGAAUGGUGCAUAUUUUGAUGCAAACUUUAAUCAUCUGGUAGAUAAUGGAUCUCACCAAUUAGUCAAUACCCUCACAGGAAUGGGGUUUAAUGCGUUAGCGGAUAUCGCUGAUCUAAGAACUAGCUGUGAUAAUCCUGCAGAUGCUUAUCUAAGAUGUCUUCAGUUGGAUAAAUGGGAUCUCCCGAAACCCAAAGCAAUUGACUGUAAAAUAGUUUCAUUUUACAAUACUGCUUACGACCUGAGAAAUACUAAUAUAGAAUUUGUUGAUCUACUACAGAAUGCAGAGAUACAACUUUAUAAAGCUAAAGCAAAUUUUUCAAGCAAGUUAGAAUGGUUUGAAACAAUUAGGGAAUAUGUCAAAACUAAGAGAGCCAUUAUUUCGCUGAAAACUGACACCGAUAUAUCACGAUUCAAAAUAGACCAUGUAAUAAACCCUGAUAGGUAUCUGGAAAAUGCACUUAUUUCCGACAUAAAGAUUAACUGGCAAUUUAGAUAUUUGAUGUUAAAGAUAUAUGUUGAACGAGAGAAAUUCGCAAAUGAAGCUAUGAAAUGUAUACCUAUUUUAGAGCUCAUUCACCAGACUGAAUUAAGUGUCGACUUUCAUAUCCAACAGACUUCGCUUUCUAGAAUAUUAAGCAUGGAAGCUGCUAUGAAGAGAUUUCAUAUUGCAGAUACAAAUUUGGUGGAGCAGUUGAGUAGGCAUGUUUCUUAUGUGACAGCUUUAGCUCUGCGCGAAUUUGGUGAAACCAAGGCACCGUUGACUAUAUUAUCUAAAUUGUUAUCUGAUAAAUCCUACAAAUUAAAUUAUAAUACCUUUGUAAGUGACGAUGAGGUUCGUGCGCAGCUUAUAUGGGAUAGUUAUCAGGCUAAGGUGAAAAGUGGUAUUCAAAUUUUUGAGAAUGAUGUCGAACAUUGGGAUGUUUCGAUAAACAAUAUACGGUCCGCUCCGGAUACAAUAUAUAAGGUGGCUAACUUUUUGAAUCUUGAAAUUAGCCGUCUAAAUGGGAGUGAUCAACUGAAAGAAAAACAGAAAAGUUACAGAAGGACUAGGCAAGAGCUUAAAGAUAUUGAAAGUGUGGUUAAAAGUUCCAAUUUAUCCAAUGAGGAAUUAUUAGUAGGACAAAAGCAUUAUCACAAUCUCAAGACGCAUAUGGAAAAUGAUAGACUGGCAAUUGAAAAUAUUUGUCUCACUAGAAAAAAACUCAUCAAGAGAGCACUUGACUAUUAUGUCCAAAUACUAAUAUUGACCAAUAAUUAUGAUUAUGACGUUUUAGAUAGAUUCUGUGGACUCUGGUUUGAGAAUGAUGAUGAUGAUGACAUUAAUACAGACCUCACUUCAAAGCUGUCACAAAUUCCAACGUGGAAAUUCUUACCCUGGGUAAACCAAUUUACUUCUAAACUCUCACUACUUAAGAGUAAAUUCCAAAAGCAAUUAUGGUAUAUCAUGAAAAGACUUUUGUAUAAAUUGCCAUUUGAGACCGGUUAUGCGGUCAUAAAUCUACAACUUUAUGAAAAAUAUAGUGAUAAACUAGACGAAAAGAUCUCUGAAAAGAUCAAAGCUGCAAAUUUAAUAUUUGAUCAAUUGCAAAACAGUCAGAUUAGCGUUAAAGAAGGUGAAUACUUAAGAACUAUUCAGGAGUUUUGUUAUGCAACACUAGAAAUAGCAGAAUUGAAGGUGAAGGGCAAAAAUGCUCAAAUAUCAUUAGAGACACUUAAUAUUGGAAGAUAUUGGAUCACGGAGUUGCCCAAAAAAAACCUUCCUUUACCAACUGUAACUCGUACUAUAAAUUCUUCACAGUAUACUCUUGAUUCCUCUAGGAAUAUUGUGAAGGUUAUUGGAAAUAUCACAAUAACAUCUACAGGUCUUUCUUUACCUAAGGUUAUGACUCUACUUUUGUCUGAUGGGUCAAGACAUAAGGUUGUUAUAAAAUAUGGUUCUGAUGAUCUAAGGCAAGACGCCAUCAUGGAACAGGUUUUUCAGCAGGUGAAUAAGAUCUUUGGUAAAGACGUUGAAAUGCGAAGGUCUGAUUUACAUAUGAGAACUUAUAAUGUUGUUCCCUUGGGGCCAAAGGCUGGUUUGAUUGAAUUUGUGAAUAAUUCUUUGUCUUUGCAUAGCAUUCUAACUGAUAUUCACAAAGAUGAUAAUUAUAGUUGGUUAGAAGCACGCAGAAGCAUGAAGGAUGUUCAGUCAAAAAGCGACAAAGAAAGAAUCUUAACAUAUCUAGAUAUCACAAAAAAAAUUAGCCCAAAAUUUAGAAACUUCUUUUUCAAUUCAUUCAUUGAUGCCAAUGGCUGGAUAUGUGCCAAGAGGAAAUAUACAAAAGGGGUAGCCACUAGUUCUAUGGUUGGUUAUAUCCUUGGUUUAGGGGAUAGGCAUUUAAAUAACAUUUUGAUAGAUACCACUACUGGUGAACCCAUUCAUAUUGACCUAGGUAUAGCAUUUGACCAGGGUCGGUUAUUAAAAAUACCUGAGUUAGUGCCCUUUAGAUUAACUAGAGAUAUUAUUGAUGGUUUUGGGAUAACAGGUGUUGAAGGGAUAUUCCGCAGAACUUGUGAGCAAGUGUUAAAUGUUCUCAGUAGAGACUCUGAAAAGGUUAUGUGUGUUUUAAAUAUCUUGAAGUGGGAUCCCUUGUACUCAUGGGCAGUAUCUCCUUUCAAGAAGCAUAAAUAUAUGUAUGAUGAUAACUUAGAGGGUCAUAUGACGACUGCAACAAAUAAUUCUAAAGUUAUUGAGAGGAAACUAACACCAAAGCUAGACUCAGAUGAAAAUCAGCAAUCUUAUAGAGCUCUAAAAGGUGUUCAAGAGAAGCUGGAUAGAAAUGGUUUGACGAUAGAGGCAACAGUAGAAAAACUGAUACAAGAAGCUGUCGAUGAAUCUAAUUUAGCCUUGAUCUUUAAUGGUUGGUCUCCAUUUUAUUAG